AUGGCCAGUAGUACAACGCCUUCUACUAAGGCUAAAGCUCGCACUCUAAAUGUCUCCGGGCCUAUGGAUGUUUACGAAGUAUUAUCCACAACGAGCAACUCAACCUAUCCUUUACGAGAUGCUCACGCAUCCAUCGUGUGUAAAGGUCUUAACGGUACCAACGCCUACGAGUACCAGGUUAAAUUGUCCGCUUACCCCAACGAGUCAAGCCUACUUCAAACGGAUGGUGUCUACAUAAUGAAGUCGAGAAUGAUCGCUCCUAACAAGGAGGAAUCAGUUCCCUCACUUUACUACGAAGCAGAUCAUGCUAUGCUCGUUACUACCUCCAAGGAUGUUAAAGGUUCCCUCGCGGAUAAUACAGCGGUUUCCGGUCUCGGCUUAAUUGUGGACAGGUACACCAUCCAAGAGGACUCCUACGACAAACCAACCGUAGUUGCCAUUGCUGAACACUGUGAUUAUGACAACGCUGCGAAAGAAAUGGUUUCAUUUAAAGUCGCCUACUACGUUCGACCUGUUAGAAAUCUGCUUUCCAUUCAAACUCUCUUUCAAGUCGACAGAGAAGCGGUAAUUACUGCCUACAUUGUGGACUACGACGCUGAAAAUAAUUGUUUUAUCUGCGAUGUGACCGGUAUUAAUCUGACCGUGGGUCGCGAAACGGUCAAAUCUUCCUCAUCUACAAUCAAGACAGAAGAUACUGUACAAACCCCGUCGGGUCGUGCCAGGGGUAAAUUUUUCAAGAAGAGCAAAAUUGAUUCCCAAGUUCCUAAACACCCACUAACUACCGACGGUCUUGAGGAAUCAGGCACCGGAAAGGGACCUAAGAAAGCCAAGAAAUGA